GUUAUCCUCUUCCCAAUAGUGUUCCCCUUAUCCUCUUGAUAUCUUUCACCAAAACCUACUAGAGAUUCCUACCUCAUGUCGACAACAACGGCGUCGGCGAGUGCGUCGGCAUCAACGGCCGCGUCCUCCCUGGACUCUUCGCCGCCUGCGUUCAAGAUUGUCGGGGUGCUGCUAGCCGUAGGCUCCGGGCUGCUCAUCGGGUCCUCGUUUGUGUUCAAAAAGAAGGGCCUGCUGGCUUCACAGAAGGGAAAGGUAGCGGGAGAGGGUGUCGCAUAUCUGAAAUCUCCCAUGUGGUGGACUGGGAUGACAAUGAUGAUUAUGGGAGAGCUGUGUAACUUCGCAGCAUAUGCAUUUGUCGAAGCUAUCAUAGUCACCCCACUAGGAGCCUUAUCGGUGGUCAUUUGUGCCAUUCUGUCCUCCAUAUUCCUAAACGAAAAGCUUACCUUCUUCGGGUGGAUUGGCUGUGCUCUAUGUAUUGUCGGAAGCACCAUCAUUGCCCUUAAUGGACCGCAAGAGCAGACCGUUUCCACCAUUCCACAAUUCAUGCAGCUAUUUCUUUCGCCCGGAUUUCUUGUGUAUGGAAGUCUGGCCAUCGCGAGCGCGUUGGUGAUCAUCUUCUACUGUGCUCCGAGAUGGGGUAAGAAGAACAUGCUAUGGUAUAUCAUGAUUUGCUCGGUGAUUGGUGGCCUGUCUGUGUCCUGUACACAAGGGCUUGGCGCAGCGAUCGUCACCUCCGUUAGGGGGAACAGUCAGCUGAAACAAUGGUUCUUCUACUUCUUGCUUGUUUUUGUGGCCAUGACGCUGUUAACGGAAAUCUAUUUCCUGAACGUGGCACUAGCCUUGUUCAACACCGCCAUGGUAACUCCUACCUAUUACGUGAUAUUCACCUUCUUCACAUUGGUGACUUCAAUCAUCCUGUAUCAAGGAGUGAAGUCCACGGUGAUCCAAAUCAUGACCGUGGUGCUCGGCUUCCUUGUCAUUUGUGCUGGCAUCACUAUUCUGCAGAUGUCUAAGAUCGACCCCACACAGUUAAAGGGUCUGGAUCGGAAAUCUACGCUCCUGUUGCAAGCUGCUCGUUCACAGACCGAGGAGAACGAGAAGGGCGAUCUCAUUGGCAUAGAAGAACCUGGUUUGGAUGCCAUCCGCGGUUCGUCCGGCCUCAUUGGUAGCGUUAUCCGUGCCCGCAGUGCGAAGAGGCUCAGCAUGUCCGGCGCUGGUUCAAGAUACACGUCGCGUCACGGACCUCCUACUAUAUUGGAAGAAGGAGAAGUACCGCAUUAUGGCGGCAUGCGACGCUACCAGCUGUCGGACAGCCCUGUCCCUCCUCCCUUGCCAUCUGAUGCCUCUGAGCGUAUUUCGAUGUAUUCCAACCCCACGUCCCUGCGCAUUCCAUCGAACAACCCGGCACCGAAGGCGCAGAGCAUUCGGUUUACCGAUGCCGCUUUACAACCCCAUGGGCAUUCUACGCCACAGAUGGCUCCAAGACAAGACUCACUCCAUGCAGAAAUUUUGGAUGCAUCCUCUUUGCGGGAUGUUCAGGGGAGCGAUCCACUGCAGGCCAGUGCUUUCCGCAACUACGAUUCUGACAGGUCCUACCGCACGCAGACUGCCCCUGCAUCACAGUCGUCGUUCCGAGACACCUAUGCAGACCCCUACUCCGAAGAUCUACCCCCGAUCCCCGCGAGGCAUUCGUUUGACAGUAUGUCUGAAAUCAACUCAAAUCGACCCAAUGUUGGUACGAUGUAUUCUCACGCAGAAGAGGAAGAGUCACAUUCUUCCACAUCAGAGAAGGCACGCCGAGGCCUAUUUGGUCGGCAACAUUCCGACAAGCACUAUCCAGGCGUGCAUGGUUCAGACCUGGAUGACGAGGAGGCUGCGAGCCUAGUAGCCGAAAGCAUGAACUCUGCGCGGGCACAGGAUGGCAGCUUACAGGACACACCAGAGAGUCCUGGUGUACGCCUUCUCCCAAAGACCCCUCAGCGCCCCGGAUUGAUCUGAUGGAUUUGGUAUAUGACCGGACUCAGCUAUGAGACGCCAUGUAAUGCUUCCUUAUUUAGUUCUUUUUU